ACACGCCUUAUCAGUUCGCGUUUGUCGGGUUUGUGGAGAGGUGGUGCUCGUACCUCAAGCGGAGCUAAUAAAAGAAUGAUCCUAACAAUAACCUUGAUCGUGUCGGCAGUAGCAGCCGUAUAUCUUUAUCUCACGUGGAACUACAACUACUGGAAGAAACUCAAUGUUCCCGGUCCCAGCCCCUUACCCGGACUGGGAAACUUUCCGUCACUUUUGCUGCAAAAACGGCCCGUCUCGGAUGAGAUGGAUGAAAUAUACAGAGAAUACAAACAGAAGUACAAAUUUGUCGGAGUGUUCAGCAAUCGAUCGCCGAGAAUCAUGAUCACGUCAUCGGAGCUAGCAAAAGACGUGCAGUCGAAAAAUUUCAAGAACUUUCACGAUAACGAAUUUGGCGGAAUGACAAACAAAGAGAUUGAUCCGCUUUUUGGGCGCAAUCCAUUCUUGUUGACCGGUGAGGAGUGGAAGGUGAAACGUGCUGAAAUUACACCCGCGUUUACGACGUCUCGAAUGAAAGCUCUCCUGCCGUUGAUAGAAGAUGUUUGCUCCAGAAUGACAAAAUAUGUGAAGGAAAAUGGAGGAACUGUUCAAGAUGCCAAAGAGCUGUCAGCUAAAUUUACUACGGAUGUUGUUUCCAGCUGUAUAUUUGCUUGUGAUGCUCAAUCGUUUACCAGUGAAAAACCAGAAAUUCGAGAACAAGGACGGAAGCUGAUGGAGCAAUCAUUUUCUUCGUUUCUGACCAUUAUAUUUAUCAUGAAUUUUCCUACCUUGGCGAAAUUGUUUCAAAUUGGUAUAGUUUCAAAAUCAAUGGAAAAAUUCUUCACCGAUUUAAUGAGUGAAGCUAUUCGCCAUCGUGAAGCGAGCGAAACAAACAGAGCAGACUAUCUGGACUUUCUGAUGAGUUUGAGAAACAAGAAAGAAAUAUCGGAGCUAGACAUGGCAGCUCAUGGAGUGACAUUCUUUCUUGAUGGCUUUGAAACAUCAAGCGUAGCUCUUUCGUUCAUGCUGUUUGAAAUCGCAAAUAAUCCCGAAGUACAAAAACGACUGAGACAAGAGUUUCUUAAGGUCACUACUGACGAAGGAACUGUGUCUUAUGACUCCCUUUUCGAACUCGCCUAUUUGGAACAAGUUGUCAACGAAAGUCUUCGUCUGUGGCCUCCAGUAGCAUUCAUAUCCAAGAAGUGCACAGAACCCAUGGAGCUGCCCCUAACGGAUUCGCGAAAUGUGACCAUUGCAAAGGAUAUCUGUGCCAUCAUCAACAUCUGGUCCAUGCAUCGUGACCCGGAAAACUAUGACGAUCCCCUAACUUUCAAUCCGGAUCGGUUCAGCCCAGAAACCGGAGGAACCGGACCGUACCGAGAGAAGGGAUGCUUCUUUCCGUUCGGCGAUGGACCACGCCAAUGUCUGGGAAUGCGUUUCGCCCGCAUGCAAGUGAAUCGUUGCUUGUACGAGCUGGUUACAAAUUUCAAAAUAACUGUCAAUCCCAAAACGAAAGUACCCUUGAAGUUGGACCCCAAACAAUUCCUUAUUAUGCCGUUAGGGGGCAUUUGGUUGGAUUUUGAACCAAUUUCAAAGUGAAACAGUGUAGUUAUAAUCGAUCUGCACCUCCAAUAAAUAGUUCAAGAUCAUCUCCUGACAAA